AUGAAUUCAAAAAAUUAAGUUUAAAGAAAGAUGGUUUAAUUAAAUGAUGAAAAUUAUGUUAUAAGAAGUUGUGUGACAUAUGGAUUAUGGUCUAAAUUCAAUCCUCUAAGCAUAAAAGCUUAAGUAGGUUAGUAUGGAAUAUUUGAUAGUUAAUGUUUUCAUUUACAUAAUGCUAUGGAUUUUGAAUUAAAGAAUUUAAAUAUUGUAUAUUUUGAUUGCAUAAACAAAGAGUCUAGGAAAAUAAUAAAAACUAUUAAAUUUAUCAAUUAAAAGAAUUAGUAAUUCAAAUUUGAUAUUGUCAUUGAUGAAUUUGAUUAUGAAGAUAUUUGGUUUUUUUUUCAAAUUAUGAUCUGGCCUUAGUAAAAUAAGCUUAAGUUAUUAAUUCUAAAGAAAUAAGAAAUAUUAUUUCAGACCACAGAAUAAAUGAAAAAUUUAUUAAAAGAUUUAACUUUAAUAUUAACAUUUGGAGGUAAUUUAUAAGUACAAAAUAAUGAAAAUUAAAUUUUUUCUUAUUUUCCAGGUUCAUUAUGGUUAUAAGAAGUCUCAACAGAAAAACUAAGUCUUGAUUUUAAUUUUAUGGAUUUAAUAAUAUCAAUAUAUGAAUCAAAUUUUGAAUCUUGUAUUUGUUUGCAAAAUGAUAUACAUUAAAUUGGAGAUAAAGAUUUUUCAAAUUAAUAGUAGAAUUAAUUUGUAUCAAAAAAUAAAAGUUGUGAUUCUUUUAUUCUAAGUGGUUGGAUCAAAAUUAAAGAUAUUAUAAAUUUAUCUGAAAAACUCAUUUAUUAAUUUUUAAAGAUUUCAGCAAAUCUAGAAAAUCCAAAACUACAGAAUUAAAACUUAUCACCUUUUUAACUGUUUUAUCAUGUAUCUUCUGAAAUAAAUGAGAUUGUAAUUACAACAUAUAAUUAUACUUUUCCAGAUGUAACAACUGAUUUUACUAAUAAUCCUUUUUUAUUAUAAAAAACAUUUCAAAUAUAAAAUAACAUAAAACUUUGGCACUCUCUAAAAGUUGAGUUAUCAAAAACAUUAUUUAAAGUUGAAAUAAAGUUUUAUGAAGAAAAUAAAAUUAAUAUUUACAAUGUUGAAUUUAAUGUACAUUAAUUUCAAUAAUGUUAAUAUAAAAUAUAUUAUGGAAAUGUUUUAAAAAUAUCGCCUAAUUAUUUAAAUUUAUAAAUAAGAAAUUUAGAUUUUUUGAAUUGUUACUAAAAAUAAGACAAUUUAAGUUGUCAUUCAGAUUGUUUAGAAUGUGAUGGUCCAACAAAUAAUGAUUGUUUAUCUUGUUCAGUUGAAUCAAAAAGAAUCUAUAUACCAGAACAUAAAGUUUGUAUAUGUCCAUUUGGUACAAUAGAUAAUUAAAAUGAGUGCUAAAACUUUAAAGAAUCAAAUAUUUAAUUAAUUAAGGAUGAAAAUUUAAAUAUAAUUAAAAAUUGUUAAUACGGAUAUUUUGAAUUAGAUGGAGAUUGUUAUUUAUGGUAUAUAUAAUCUAUUUAUAUUUAGUCCUUCAAUAUUAAACGAUAAAAUUAUAACUUGUAAUGAAUGUUUAAGUAAUCUAAAGAAUUGGUUUAAUAAGCCAAAUUGCUUUAAUAUUUUCAUAAUAGAGCCCAAUAUAAUUACAGAGUAUUACUACUAACAAACUUCUUAAGAUUGGUUUUAUUUUGAUGGAAUCGACUUUAACACAAUUCGUAUAACCCAUUCUUAUGAUUUAAACUUAACGAAUAUUAAUGGCAUAUUUAGAGAAUUUUAGUCAGUUUAAACAUACUUUUAAAGAUUUUGUUAAUAAAUUCAUUUAAAUUAUAUAGAUUAAGUUGAAAUUGAUUCAUAAACUUGUUAUCGAUGCUUAAUUGAGAAUUGUUAAAUUUGUUAAAUAAGUUUAGUUACAAUUCAAUGUUUAAAAUGCGUAGAAGAUUAUUUAUUAAUAGAUGGUAAUUGUAUGCCCAAAUAGGAAAUAAUAUCAAGUUAAGAUCUUAUUUGUUUACUACCAUAUUAUUAUUCAUUUGAAAAUUCAUGUAAAUUAUGUGAAAUUAAAAAUUGUAUUCAUUGUUUUGAAUACUCUAAAAAAGAUAUAAAUUAAUGUUCAUUUUUAAAUUUUUUUAAUAUUGAUUUACCAAAAUAGUCAAAUAUCGAAAUAGGUUGUGCCCUUUGUGAAUAAGAUUAUAUAUUUGAUUUUACAUUAGGUCUAUGUAUAAAUUAAAAGCCUUAAAUAUAAAAUUGUAAAAGAUCUUUUAUAAAUUUAAAGAGUAAGGAAAUAUGCAUUUAAUCAUUUAAUAGUGAUUUCUCUAUUGCUCCUGAAAUAUCUAAUUGUAAUGAUUAAAUUUAAAAUUGUCAAUAUUGUACAAUAAGCCAAAAGAUAGAAAUAAUUUGUGUUACAUGCUAAAUUAAUUACAUAAUAAAAAAUAAUAAUUGUUUACCUGAUGAUGAAUUUGAUAUUGAUGAAUUAAUAAUUCAAAAUUAGAUAAAUCAGAUUUAAAGUUUUGCUCUUUAAUUUGUUCCUUAUCUUAAUGUUAAAGUUUAUAAAUACUUUUUAAAUCCAGAAGAAUCAUAUAUUAAUUUUUGUUCUUCUGAAUGUCUUUUAUGUAUUGAUAGCCCAUUUACUUAUUGUAAAGAAUGCCCAUUAAAUUAUUAUAAAAAACCAACCUUUACAGAAGAAAGUUCAGAUUGUUAAUUUUGUCCUCCAUUAUGUCAAGUAUGUUCAGAUCGCUUAAAUUCUGAAAUUUAAGUAUCAUUUAUUUAUUUAAAACUAGGAAAAUUUCCCAAAUUUUAUAAUUACUGAUGAAUCCAAAAUUUAUUCUAAAAAAUGCUUUCGUUCAUAUAAUGAUCCUUAGAUUAUGCUGAAUCCUUAUUCUAAUUUCGUUAAGUAUUGUUAUAACCGUUACAAUAAUAGUUGUUAAGAUAAAUUUUUGUUUGAAAGCACUAUUACUACAUGUGACUUUGCAAGAUUUGAUAGAACUUAUGAAACUUUAAUCAAUAUACAAUAUUGUAAUCAUGUUGGAAUGGAAAGUUUAACAUUUAGUUUCAUUAUUAAGAUCUUAACUUAACAUUGUCAAAUGCUUAUACCAAUAGAUUUUCAGACUUAAUUAAAAUAAAAAAUCUUUACUUUAUAAAAUGUUAAUUUCAAUUUAUCAGGAUACAAAUUUGUUGAACUUUCUAUUCCUUCUACAUUAAUGUUUAAUAACUUUGAUUAAGUACAAAUUAACAAUUUAGCUAUUAUUAUUUCAGAAAAUCAAUAUUUACAUUUUGAUAAUAACAACAAUAAAAUUAAUUUUAUCCUUAACAAUUUUUCAAUUCUUAAUAGCUCUUUUAAUAAUAUAAAUUCUUUUUUUUAAACUUCAGUUUUUGGGAAUAUAAUCAUAAAAAAUUUUACUAUAAUAAACUCUAACUUCAUCAAUUCGGUAAUUUUUAAUUUACAAAAUUCUUUAUUAUUAGGAUAAAUCGAAAUAAUUUAAUUAUUUAUUCAUAAUUGCACAUUCAUUUAAUCUGAAUUUUUUAAAUUUUAAAAAAUAGAAUAUCCUAUAUCAAUUUCAUAAUUUGUCUUAAAUUAAUCUAUACUAAAUCAAUCAUCUAUAUUUAGUUUCUUAAACAAUUAUCCUUAAUAAGGAUUUCUUACAGGACAAAAUAUUUAAAUAUUAAACUGCAGUUUCAUUUAUUCCUGUUUUAUAAACAGCACAAAUUAAAUAAAAGUCAAUUUAAAUAAUUUUGAUUUUUAUUUUAAUAAAUUGGAAAUCUCUAAAAUCAUAACUGUUAGCUUUGAAAUUACAAUUAAUUCUACAAAAAUUUAAGAAAAUUUAUUUUUUUUCUCUUAAUUCUUAACCAUUACAUAAAUACAUUUUUAAAAUCAAAUCUUUAACGAAAUUAAUUAUAUGAAUAUAGAAUAUAAUUAUUUUAAGACUUCAAAUAUCAUUCUAUCAUAUUCAACAUUUUAAACAAAUAAUUUAAAAAUUUACUUAAAAAAUUUUGUUAUUCAACAGAAUAAUCUUUAUUCUAAUUAUGAUGAAAAUAUAGAAUUAUUUUACAUGAACAGUUAAGAAAUAUAAAUAUAAAAUUUUGUAAUAAUUGAAAAUACCAAUUUAAUUAUAUUUUACAUAUCAGAAAAUAAUUAAAUAUUAAUUUCAAAUUUAAUAUUCAAAAGUUCAAAAUAAUAUGAUAGAAUUCCAUUAUCAUAAAACUGUUUAAAAUUUAGAUAAAAAACGAAAUUACUCUAAAUAUAUGGCUUUACCAAAAUUGAGAUAACAAAUGUGAAAAUUUCAGAUAUAUUUAAUAUAGAUGGUUCAAUAAUAUAGAUUACCACAAGUUAAAAAGUUUAAUCAAUUAGCAAUUCUUAGAUUCAAAUUUAGAAUUUAUCUUUUAUUCGGAAUAAAAUAAUUUAAACAACAUUAACAGAAUAAAUUUCUUGCUUAUAAAUCGAAUCUGAAAGCAGAAUUAAUGUGAUGCUAAAUAAUAUUUCUUAUAUUGAAAACUUUCUCCAUUCAUAUGAAAGUGGAGCUGUAGGUGCAACUACUAGUUUAUUGAAUGUAAUCUCAUCAUCUAGCUUAAUUGAAAUAAAAAAUAUAUUGUAUUAGAAUAAUGCUUUAACUAAUUCUUCUAAUUCUUUAACUAUUUUGAGAUCGCAUAUUCUAAAUAUUAUCAAUAUUAAAAUAGAUAACAUAAAUAUUUUAUCACAAGAAUUGUGGACUAAUCAUUAUGACAUAUAAUUUAAGGAAUAAUUUAAUUAAGAUACUUUAAAUGAAAUUAUAAUUUAAAUAUUAUAAAUCAAAACUAUUGGAGGAGUUGGAUAAAUAUCAGCUUCCAACUUUAGUUGUCUAAAUUGUACAUUCUCAAAUAUUUUGGCGAUGGAUAGUAUGAUAUUUCACAUUACAACUAUUGCAGAUGGAAUUAUUAAUUUUAUUAAUCUUACAGUCAAUUUAAUAGAAAAUAACUUAAAAUCAAUCGAAAAAAACACAGGAUGUUUUCAUAUCUAAUCUUAAGAUAGUAAGCUAAAUUUAUCAAUUAAGAAUAGUUAAUUUACUAAUAUUUUUAAUAGGCUUGCACCAUCUAUAUUAUCUAUUAAUCCUUCUAAAUAAUCAAAUUCUAUUUUUUUAAAAGAAAUUAAUGUGUUUAAUUGUAUUUCACUUAUUGAUUCCAUUCUUAAUGUAUAAUUUUCAUCUUCAAUUAUGGAUAAAAAUUAAGUCAUUAUUUAAAAUAUCAGAAUAGUUUAGACUUAUGUUGCAUGGAUUUAUUACUUCACUAGAAUUAGAGAUUUAAUCAUUUAAGAAGUCACAGAUAUUAUAAAUAACAAAAAUUCACUUAUUUUUAUAUAAAGUAGUAAUGUUUCUAUAAAUGGAUUUAUAAUGGAAGGGAUUUUAAUUAACUCAAUUUUUUAAUUUGAUAACAUACCUAAAUUGUAAAUAAGCAAUGUUUAGUUUUAAAAUAUUGAAGUAUUCUUCUCAUUUAAUCUUCUUUAAAUUACAUAGUUUUUGUAGAUUAAAUAUUUAAUUUAUUUUUAAAAUUUCAGUAUCAGAAAUAUUUCACUUUACUAAAAUAAUAUGAAUUAAAUUUAAACUAAUUUUAUCACUUCAAAUUAUUUAAAAGAAUGUACCAGUUAUGUAGAAUAUUUUGGAAGCUUGCAACAAGAUUAUUUGUAUAUAAGUAUUAAUUUAUUUUAGUAAAUAAAUAAUUAAUAAAAAUCAGUAAUUAAAAUAAACAGCUUAUCAACUAAGAAUGUAAUUUUAUUUAAAAACCUUCAAUUAGAUAAUAACAUUUGUUCAUAAUGUGAUUAUGGAAUGGUAUUCUUUGAAAUUUAAGAAUUUAAAUAGAUUAAAAUUUAAAAUCUUAAUUGUAAUUAUAACACUAUUAAAAAAUUUGGGUGUUUAUAUUUUUACUAAUAGAAUGAAAUCUAAUCUAAAAUUGUAAUUGAGAAUUCAAAUUUUCUUUUUAAUAAUGGUAGUCAAGGUACAGGGAUUUUCUCGGAAAAAGCAAAAGUUAAAUUAAAAUAAUGUUAUGUAAUUAAAAAUUAUGCAAAAGAUUUUGGAGGAGGGUUAUAUUUUAAAGAAAAUUGCUUUGAUUUUUUAAUUAGUCAAUCAUAUAUAAUAGACAAUAGAGCAAGAAUUGGAGGUGGAAUACAUUUAGACAAUAAAUGUAAUUUAAAUAAUAAAAAUUUUUUAUAAUCAAUUUUAUUGUUCAAUCAAGCUUAAGAAUACGGUGAUAAUAUUAUAGAGAUUCCUACUCAUUUGGCUGUUUUUAUAAAUUCUAUUGAAAAUCCUUCUCAGUUAUAAUUUAUAAAUAAUAAACAAAUAAAUAUUUUAAAUAUUAAAACUUAUAGAAUGGUAGAAUAAGGUAGUUAAAUACUUACAAAUGAUUUAUAUAUACCAAGUAAUUAGAUGAUUAAAAAUUUCAAAAUUUUUGAUAUUCAUAAUUCAAAUUAUAAGUCGUUUAUAAAAGAUAUUCGUUUUUUUUAUAAAAAUAGUAGAAAUGAAAUCCUAUUUAAUCUAUUUAAUUCAAGUUGUAAAAUAAAGAAUAAAAUUAUUACAAAAAAUUUUUAAGAAUUUAAUCAAGAUAGAGAUGUUUAAACUUUAUAUUUUGAAAAUUAAAUGAAUUCAUUUGAUUUUGGAUCUUUAUCAUUUAGCUUAGAUCCUUAUGAAUAAAAUUAUAAAUAUUUAUAGAUUGAAAUUAAUUGUUAAUUGAAUGAAUCAAACAAUAAUUUAUUAUAUAUAAUAAAUGCUAAAAGUUUAAAGUGUUAAUUGGGUGAAUUUUACAUAAAUAAUGGAUGUUAGAUUUGUUAAUCAGAUUAAGGAUAUUAUUCAGUAACAUAUAAUACAACAAAAUGUUCUAUUUUUGAUAAAAGUAAAUAUUCUGAAAUAACUUAAAAUAUGAUAAAUUUGUUACCAGGAUUUUGGAGACCAAAUAAUUUAUCAGAUUAAGCUGAAUAUUGUUUUAAAAAUCCAAAGUUUUGUAAUGGAGGUUGGUAGGUUGGUGAUUAUUCAUGUAAUUAAGGACAUUUAGGUGGUUUAUGUGAAGAAUGUGAUGUCUAUAAUAUAAGAGGUUUUGGUAAUUAUUUUAAAAAUUAGUGGGAUUCAUAAUGUUUAGAGUGUUAAAUUGAAUGGAAUAGUUUUUUUACAUUUUUUAUAGUAGGCAUUUGGUAUUAUUUAUAAAAAUAUAAAUUUAGGUCAUUUCUCUCAAUAUUUAUGUCAUUAAACAGCAUUCAUUCUUCUAAUUUAUUAUAUAUUGCUCAAAGAUUUAAUAAAAUAUUAUUUAAGCUAAAUUAAGGUAUUAGUAAAAUUAUUGUUAGAUUUGGAAAGUAUAUAGAUAAAAUUAUUAAUAAACUAUCUCUGGAUAUUUUCUGUUAUAUUUACAUUUAAUAUUGAUUUUUCAUUCUCUUUUAUUGUUAUUGAAUAAACUAGUGAUAGUUCUUAUUUUAUGGCUAAAGAUUUAGAUUGUUAUUUAUCUUAUAUAGAAUAGAUACCCAUUAUUUAUUUAAAAAUACUAACAAUGUUAAUCAUAGUUAUGAUAUAAUUUAAUAUCACUUUUGCAGUUUCUUAUUUAUAUGCUUAUAUUAAAAAACAUAAGUAUGAUUAAAGUAUUCUAUCAAAUACAGCACUUUACUUAUAUGUUUUUAAUUUUGCAGGAUUAAUAAAAAUGUAUUGAAUUUAUUUUCAUAAGGUUUUCAUCUGUGGUUUCUAAAAGAUAAAUAUCCCAUUUAGAUUAUAUUCAAGGAGAUCUAUCUAUAAGAUAUGGUACUCAAAAUCAUUAUAUAUGGAUGUUUUAUUUUAUUUUACCUGGAUUAAUUAUAGUAGGUAUUUUUAUUCCUAUUUUUAUUUCAAUCUUAAUGAUGAUUAAUAAAAAUCGCUUAGAUUAAAUUAAACUUAGAAAACAUAUUUCUUAUCUAUUAAAUGAAUACAAAGAAUAAAAAUAUUAUUGGGAAUAAAUUAAAUUAUUCAAAAAAGGAAUUUUAAUUUUUAUACUUACAAAUUUUGAAACUGAUAUUGUUUUAAAAGCUUCUUUAUUAGGUUUGUGUUUGUUAAUCUAUUAAAUAUUAACAACAUUUCAUUAGCCAUUUAUUAAUUUAAAAUUUAAUUAAUAAGAUUUAUAAAGUUGUUAAAUUUGUUCAAUAUCAAUAUUUUUAGCCAUUGUGAAAUAUAUUUGUGAAUAAAAUAAUUAUUUGGGUCCCUCUAUAACAAUCUAAAUCAUUUUAAUUGGAUGCCUUAUUAAAUUGUGUUUUAUUUUUACUUUAGGAAUAGCCACAGCUUAUUUAUAAAAAUAUAAGCCCGUAUUUCUUAAUAAAUUAUAUUUAUUUCUAAAUUCUAAAAUACCAAAUUUCAAUUUUACAAAAUUAUUAAGAAAUAUUUUAAAAAAAGAAAAUAAAAGAAAAAAAAGAAUAAAAUAUUUAUUCAAAACAUUGAGAAAUCAUUUAAUAAAAUGUUCAUAAAUCUAGUUAAGAAGCUAAAAGUAACUGUUAAUUUUUAUAAAAACUUAGAUUAUUUUUAAGUUCAUCAAAUUCAAAAUUUAUUAGUAUAAGAAAUCAUCAAUUCAUUUCACAUAUAAUGGAAAUUCAUGAAUCUAAUAAAAGAUGA